AUGGAGUUCACCGUCAGCGCAGCACGGUGGGUGGUGGGCAGGGCGCUGGGCCCCGUCACCGGCGAGCUGAUGGAGGCAUGGGCGGCGAGCAAGAAGCUUGGCCCCAACAUCCGCGAGCUCAAGCUCCUGCUCCUCCAUGCGCAGGCGAUGCUCGAAAAUGCCGAGGGCCGGGACAUCCGUAACGGUGCACUGGAUCAGCUGCUGUCUCAGCUCCGGGACCUGGCGUACGACGCCGACGACGUGCUGGACGAGCUCGACUACUUCCGCAUCCAGGAUGAGCUCGAUGGCACGUACGAGGCGGUCGACGACGCCGAGGAGGAGAGGGGCCUUGUCCGUGGCCUCGCCCUGCACGCUCGCCACACCGCGAGAGCCAUCGCCAGAAAGCUGACGUGCAAGUGGAAUGCCGAUGCUCUGGUACCUGUUGACGACGCAGAACAAGGGCGAUGCCUCUCUGCCACUGCUGUCGGUAAAUUCCUCCCUUGCUGCUCCCCCCCAACUGUGCGUAAUGUUGAUUCCACUGCUGCGAAGGCAAAUGAACAGCAUCUCCAAGCCCCUAAAUUGAAGUUUGUUAGGGUUGAAAUGUCGAAAAAGAUGUCAGAGAUAGUAGAGCAGCUUAAGCCUGUUUGUGACGCUGUUGACAGAAUUCUUGGGCCACUACAGCCUUCAGGCCACUCCAAAAAUGCCAAAACCCAAUGCAUUGAUUUAGAAAAACGACCUAAAACCACCCCAACAAUUAUUGAGCCUGAAUUAUUUGGAAGGAAAGACCUUAAAAGGAUCGUGGCAGAUGAAAUUAUGAUUGGCAAAUACCGUGAUAAUGACCUUACCGUGCUUCCCAUUGUUGGUCCGGGUGGUAUCGGGAAGACAACUUUUACACAACACAUAUAUGAAGAAGUGAAGAACCACUUUCAGAUCUCCGUCUGGAUAUGUGUUUCUCAAAAUUUCAAUGCAAAUGUAUUAGCAAAGGAGAUUGUAGAAAAAAUGCCUAAGGGAAACAACAAAAAGGAAAAUGAAAGUGACCAAGAGAAAAUUGAGAAAAGAAUACAAUCACAGCAAUUCUUGCUUGUCUUGGAUGAUGUGUGGGAAUAUCGUGAGGAUGAGUGGAAAACCUUACUGGCUCCAUUUAGAAAAGGAGGAACACAAGGAAAUAUAGUUAUAGUUACAACUCGAAGGCCAGGGGUAGCAAAGGAGAUCGACUCAACCAAUUGCUCAAUAAAAUUGGACCGCUUGGAUCAUGAAGAUUCUAUGCGGUUAUUCCAGGCAUGUGUGUUUGAUAACAACAAGACAUGGGAAGAUUAUCCAUCGGGUUUACAGAAAGUUGGGGUAGACAUAGUGAAGAGAUUGAAGGGUUUCCCUCUUGCUAUAAAAACCGUAGGUCGGUUAUUAAGGAAUAAACUUACUUUGGACCGAUGGACUAGAGUAUAUGAAAGUAAAGAAUGGGAACUUCAGUCCAAUGAUGAUGAUAUUAUGCCGGCAUUAAAGUUAAGCUAUAACUAUCUUCCUUUUCAUCUACAACAGUGUUUCUCCUAUUGUGCUUUGUUUCCUGAAGAUUAUAGAUUUUGUGGACAAGAAUUGAUUAACUUGUGGAUUGGACUGGGGUUACUUGGCACCGAUGAUCAAAACAAGACAAUGGAGUAUUUAGGACUAGAGUAUUUAGACCAAUUGGUUGACAAUGGGUUUUUCGAACAGGUUGGAAAAGAGCAUGACAGUCCUUAUGUAAUGCAUGACCUGUUGCAUGAGUUGGCAACAAAUAUUUCGUCACACGAAAUUCGUUGUCUAAAUAGUUCAACUUUGAGUUCUAUCAACGAAAUUCCCAAAUCUAUACGUCACAUGUCUAUCAUAGUAGAUAACAGACAUGUUGAGAAUAGAAUCGCCUUUGAAAAUCAUAAGAAAGACCUGAGUACACUGGGAAACAAAUUGAAAGCUGGGAACCUACGCACAAUUAUGCUUUUUGGAGAAUAUCAUGGAUGCUUUUACAAGAUUUUUGGUGACGUUUUGAUAGAUGCAAAAUCCCUUCGGGUUAUUUUUUUGUCAGGGGCAUCCUAUGAUGUUGGAGAUGUGUUGUGUAACUUUUCAGAACUUGUACAUCUUCGGUACUUAAGGAUUGAAGAUUCUGGGAUGUGUGGAGCAAGUCUACCCAAUAGUAUCACAAGAUUUUACCACUUAUUGGUCCUUGAUUUACAAGAGCACUAUGGUGAAUUGGGUUUUCCAAGGGACAUGGGAAACCUUCUAAAACUACGCCAUUUUCUUGUCCAUGAUGAUAAUAUUCACUCUAGCAUUUUUGAGGUGGGAAAACUAAAUUUUUUACAUGAGUUACGGAAGUUUGAGGUCAAAAGAGAAAUGAAAGGUUUUGACUUGGAGCAAAUUGGGCGACUACUAGUACUCCGUGGGUCACUGGGCAUUUAUAACCUUGAAAAGGUUGAAGGGAUCAAGGAAGCAAAUGAUGCAAAACUAGCAUAUCUAAACCAUUUGGAUAGUUUAGUAUUGGAUUGGGAUAAUGAGCGAUGUAAUAGGGAUCCUAUCAGAGAAGGAAAUGUUCUUGAAAAUCUUAAACCACAUGACAACAUUCGAGAGCUGCACAUUGCAGGGCAUGGAGGCGUAUCUUGCCCGAAUUGGCUAAGUGGAGACCUCUCCAUUAGAAAUUUGGAAUCACUUCUGAUAAAAUAUGUAAAUUGGGACACAUUUCCACUUCCAGGAAAGUUGUACAUGACUGAGGGUCAAGAGCGUCAGGGUUCUGUCACAAGCCACGACUUUCAUAAUCUGAAAAGGUUGGAGCUAGUUAACAUACAAAAGCUGAAAAGAUGGCAUGGGGAUGGUACCAUUAAUUUGCUCCCUCAUUUGCAAAGUUUAACUAUAAGUGAUUGCCCUGAAUUAACAGAGUUGCCACUAUCAGAUUCCACAUCCUGUCAGUUUCAACAGAGCACGAUUUGUUUUCCUAAACUACAGGAAAUCAAGAUUUCAGAAUGUCCGAAAUUGUUGUCAUUCCCCCCUAUACCUUGGACUAAUUCUCUGUUGUAUGUAUCUAUUGAAGGUGUGGAUUCAGGUUUGGAGAUGUUGAAUUACAGUAAAGACGAAUCAAGUCUGUAUAUCACAGGAAAAGAUGCUCCGGAUAGCAUGUUUUGGAACGUGCUGGAUUUCAAUAAUCUAACAGAACUGCAAUUGUUGGGGAUACAAAAGUGUCCUCCUAUAUCGUUGGAUCACCUUAAAAUGCUGACAUGUCUCAAGACCCUUCAGAUAACUGAUUCAGGUAGCAUAUUGUUGCCAGUUGAUUGUGAAAACGAAGUUAAGUAUAAUCUUUUAGUUGAGAAUCUCGAGAUCAAUUCAUAUGGUGCUAGUGGGAGGGAAUUGACACAGGUGCUCUCUCAUUUUCCCAAACUAUCAAAUUUGCUGAUACGGAAAUGUCAGAACGUAGCAAGGCUCGGUGUGGCGGAGCAGCGAACAAUAACAACUCCUGAAUCAUCACUAUCACCAUCAGCUAACAAAGCAGCCAAGACACUAACCACAAUACUGCAGCAGCAGACAGGAGAAGCGGAGGAGAUGGAAACAGCAACAGCAGACGAUGGACUACUUCUCCUGCCUCCCCAAAUAAAGGUGUUUGAAAUCAGUGAGUGCAGAGAGCUAAGCCUCGACAGCGGUGGAAUCCAAGGUCUGCUCUCCCUCCAAACGUUGGGGAUAUAUGAUUGCCCCAAGCUCCUCUGCUCCUCUUCCUCCUCGUAUUCCCCUUUCCCGACCUCCCUGCAAACACUCGAUCUCUCGAAAGUGGAGGGCAUGGAGACCCUGCCUUCUCCUCUCCCAAACCUCACCUCGUUGUCGAUUACCAGUUGCGGCAAUCUCAGAGGGGGCGAGGUGCUGUGGGAUCUCCUUGCCCAAGGUAACCUCACCUCUCUAUAUGUCCACAAAACUCCCAAUUUCUUCCUUGGUUUAGAGCAGUCCUGCUCCCAGGUGGACAAACAAGAAGACGUGCAUCGUUCCUGGAGGUUGCAGGAACUCUGGACGGAUGACUUUGCAAGGGUUCUUGCUACACCUGUUUGCCAUCUCCUCUCUUCCUCCCUAACCAAAUUAGUCCUUAGUUGCAACGAUGAGGUGGAGUGCUUCACAAAGGAGCAAGAGAAGGCCCUUCACAUUCUCACCUCCAUUGAGGACCUAGAAUUUUAUUGCUGCGAAAAACUGCAGUCCCUCCCUGCUGAGCUUAGUCAAAUCCCCACCAUCAAGACAUUAUGGAUUUCUUGCUGUCCAGCCAUCAGCUCGCUUGGAAACCUCCCCAAUUCACUGCAACGACUAGGGAUUUCUUGCUGUCCAGCCAUCAGCUCGCUUGGAAACCUCCCCAAUUCACUGCAACAACUAAAGAUUGAUGACUGUCCAUCCAUCAGCUCGCUUGAUGGCACAACCAUCCGCUCACUGCCCAAAGACCGCCUACCAACUACACUCCGAGAAAUAGACGUCCGUUACUGUCGCAACGAGGAGCUAAAAAGGCAGUGCCGGAAGCUUCAAGGAACUAUCCCAAUUGUAAAGGCCUAGCUUGCACCAAGGUACCAUGUGGGGUUCUUAUAGCCCUGCUCUAUCUGCAUUUGUUACUGUGACUUGGUACAUACAUACAAGUAUACAACUGGUUAGUCAUCACUCAUCAUCCCCAUAGAACCUACAAAUGCGGAACUGAUGCCUAUUGUUUUUGUUACUUGGAUGCUUCCAACUUUCUUAUAUUCAGUUGGUCAGAGCAUCACUAUCUUUUACACAAUUUUAGAAUUUGUUGUUGAACCCUCUGCUGUUUUCUGAAUAAAUAACAUAACUUAUUAUAAUCUCUCAUAAUAAGUUAUGAGAGAAGGCCCUUCACAUUCUCACCUCCAUUGAGGACCUAGAAUUUUCGAGGUGCAAAAAACUGCAGUCCCUCCCUACUGGGCUUAGUGAAAUCCCCAACAUCAAGACAUUAGGGAUCUAUGGAUGUCUUGCCAUCAGCUCGCUUGGAAACCUCCCCAAUUCACUGCAACAACUAGAGAUUUCUUCCUGUCCAGCCAUCAGCUCGCUUGGAAACCUCCCCAAUUCACUGCAACGACUAGGGAUUUCUUACUGUCCAGCCAUCAGCUCGCUUGGAAACCUCCCCAAUUCACUGCAACAACUAGUGAUUUAUGACUGUCCAUCCAUCAGCUCACUUGAUGGCACAACCAUCGGCUCGCUACCCAAGGACCGCCUACCAACUUCACUCCGAGAAAUAAACGUCCGUUCCUGCGGCAACGAGGAGCUAAAAAGGCAGUGCCGCAAGCUUCAAGGAACUAUCCCAAUUGUACAGGCCUAGCCUGCACCAAGGUACCAUGUGGGGUUCUUAUAGGCCUGCUCUAUCUGCAUUUGUUACUGUGACUUGGUACAUACAUACAAGUAUACAACUGAUCCCUUUUCUUUCCUUUGUCUGGCAACGGAGGUAGCAUAUUGACGACAUAUGUAAACAUGGGUUUCUUGAAUGAAUGAGUGCCUUGAUGGCUUUAUGUUACAUAUAAGAUCUAUUAUUUCUUUUAGUACUGGUAUAUAUUAUCAGUGAUGCAAGAAAUGGAUUUACCAUGCGAAGAGCAAGAAUGGGCAUGGGCUCUGUAUCAUAUGGUGGGACGAAAUCCUACAGAAUGAUGGGAGAAACAUCUGCUUGGUUGGGUUAAGGCAAAUUCUGAUGGAACUUUUCUGGUGGCAAACUCAAAGGGCGCGUCUGGAGUGGCCUUGAGAAAUGGAAGUGGCAAUUUCCUUGUGGCAGCUACCCACUUCUACCCUUCACUGUGUGAUGCUACAAUGGCAGAAGCGUUGGUGUGUCUUCAGGCAGUGCAGCUAGCGAGUGAAUUGGGUGUUUCAAAGGUAAUCCUUGAGACCGAUAGUCUGGAAGUUCAGAAGAUGGUAGCUGAUGUGGAAGUUAACAGAUCGAUGUAUGGCGCAAUAGUCCAAGGUUUUAAGCAUUGGCUAAGUUAUUUUCAAGAUUUUAGGAUCAAAUGGAUCCGUCGGUUGGCCAAUAUGACUGCCCAUACUUAGUCAGUAUAUUCUUGACUAGUCCAACUCUCUGAGGUAACAGGGGUCCUUGCUGUAUUAAUUUGUCACAUAGUCCUCUCUUCCUUCCUUACCACUUUAGUCCUGCUUGGAACGACGGGGAGGAUACAUAUGAGUCCUUGCCGAACAUGACCUUGCUUUUAGCAUCUUAUAAUUCUACUCUAUACUACAUCUAUUAAGUCAGAGAUUUCCAACCAUCAAGACUCCAACCUGUACUUUCGGUUGUGUACAUAGAAUUGGUGGUGGAGUUUACAACUUACAGUCCAAAAUCACCAAAAUCAGUAAGUCUAAACCAAUUCACUGACCAUAGUGAAAUCAUUUUUUAGCAUCCCUUUUUCAAUGGAGCAGGCAACAUUGAUCUCUUUGGUAUCGUCUACUUGAUGAAGUGGCAUCACCCUUAAAAGCCAGAACCCGACGAAGGCAGAGCAGCUUGGCAUGGAGCAAGCAUCUGAAAGUUGUCUACCACCUCUGCCAAUCUCGCUGGAACCAAAAACCUCCACUGCUUCGAAAGCAACAGAACCUUACAUCCAGAAUUCGAUUCCCUCAGUUGGCUGUACUAUCUGUAAAUCAAAUUUGAAGAUAACAAAAGCAACAGCUUGUUUAUCAAUUCAGGAACUGAGAAGUCUGGUUUCAUGUCAGUAUGAGCUUCUUGAAUGGACCUAUAUAAGUCUUGAUAACAUUUUUUUUUCUUGAAGAGCUUCUAUCGGCGGCGGCGCCAGCUCCCAUCGGUGACAGUGGCAGCCAUCGGCCGGUGGGCUCCUAUCGGAUGCAGGUUCCAUUGGCUGUGGCAUAGAAAUCCUAUUGGCCCCAAACUACCAUCGGCGCCCAAGUUCCCCUCGACUUCCCGUCCACAGCGUGGGGGCAGUGGAAGAUUCAGGCUCCCCCUUCCCCACACCAACCAACCCGUCGUGGUGGUUGCAGCCCCAGCCUGCUGAUGCAAGAGCAGCAUUCGAGGUGUUUCAUUCAAGGAACAGAAGCAGCAGAGGUGACACCGUUGAUGGAGCCAUACAUGCUGCUAUUGUCAGCGAACGCCGAGUCCGGCAACAUGACGAGACAUCUAGAAUUCGAUUCCAUCAGUUGGCUGUACUAUCUGAAAAUCAAAUUUGAAGAUAACAAAAGCAACAGCUUGUUUAUUACUUCAGGAAAUGAGAAGACUGAUUUCAUGUAUGGGCUUCUUUAAUGGACUUAAUCUUGGAUAGUUUUUGUUUUGCUUGGGAUAUUAGUAAUGCUACCAUAAAGUGCAUUCAUUGUAAGCCAGGGCAAGAGUGAAGCCACUUCAGUUUGGUUCUGUGAAUACCAAGUAGAUGAGAUGCAGCACUAGACUAGUUCGCAAAUAUCAAUGUCAUAUCUGCAAAUUCACAAUUGGAUGACUAUCCUUUUGUCGGGUGGAUUUGAAUCAUUUCAGUGUGUUCUUGACUUGUAUACGAUUUCAGCUGUAUAAAUUGAGUGAAUAUUGGAUUAAAACUCAGGGAUUGUUUGUUUGCAGCAUAUUCAGCAAUGUGGUAGAUGAGUAGGAAGUAAUUUUUUGGGGAAAUUUUCAGAUUGUUAAAAGGCUUUGAUCUGCAUUGAAGGAGAGGUUCAAGUUAUUUGGAUCUGUGCUUUUGCUAUUUACUAUUUGAACUGUGCAAAAGGUUGAUGAUCGUUUGAUAA